AUAUGUGAGGGAUCACCGUGCCUCACUCCCUGGGCUUCCUGCAGAAAUCCGGUGGGAUGCCUUGGGAAGUGACUGGGUGGCCGGCGUAACUACGGGGCUUUGGGAAUCGGCACACGGGCAAGCCCAUAUUAACGGAGACUGGGGAGAAGGCAAGCUGCCAACCCUGCCCGAACUUCUGUUGCUGUGUGCUGCUGGCAGGGAGCUGUCCUGCAGCUCCCAGGACCGGCUGUCAUCUGUACUCCCUUGUCACACAGACAACAGCCCCCUAGCUGGGCUGAUUGGUUGCUGGCAAUAACUGAUAUGGAAUACUGAUGUGCUCACCGGCGGUUCCUUCCACUCCAAAGAGACUCCUUCCUAACCCAAACCUUGCUUUCCAAAGCCUAGCCCGGUCGUCUCCCCCCCCCCUCCCCGCCCCCCACAUGCCGCCCCUGCACCCAGUAGGGAGGACCUGUCCUGGGCGUGAUGCUCUGAGAUUGUGGUGAAAUUGGCCCCAGCUGGCUGCUUUCACUCCGGCUUGCUUCCCCCGAGAGUCCUGUUCCAGACUUCUCAGGGUUUCCACGGCACCAACAACUGCAUGCGGGCUGGAGGGGAGACUGAAGAGGACUUGUGUGUGGCGGGUUUGUUGCCUCUCAUCACUUUCCCCGGCCUCCGCGCGGAGUCAAGCCUGGAGGUUCCCUGUGAAUUUCUCUCCACCACAGACACUGAGGAAGGAUCCCUUCUCCUUCUGUUGACUCUUUCUAUUUUUAUGGUAAGUGCUUGCAUUGAAGCAGCCCGUUCUGCUGCAGUGAAAGGAUCGCUCCCUCUCUUCCCAGCUAGGCUUAGUGACCUUCCUUCUGCAUUUCUUCUGUUCCCAUGGUCGUUUUUUUUUUUUUUUUUCUGGAGGACCCAGCGAACUAAAAUACCUGGGGUCAUCUGUCUGCAUAGUCUGUCUUUGAUUUAUUAUUUCUUCAUAAACCCGAGCCCUUCGGCUAUGACGGAAACCUAAGUGCUAGCUCUCUUUGUCCUUGAAGCUGCGGCUAGGCAAAUGUGUUCUCCACAGCAAACUGCAGCAGUGUGCAGGGGAUCUGUGCAGGCUGGCUGACAGAUUCCGGCAAGACGAUUCCUCAGCAUUCUAAGGGGCACUCUCUCAGAACCUGGAGGGACCAGGGGUGACCUGCCACAUUGCAAAGACUUCCAUCUUCCCCGGGGUUUAAGUUUAUCUAUUCAUGGGGCUGAAAGGCGCUUGCAAAUCCAUCAACGGCGAAGUGUGGCAAGCCGCCCAGGGUCACGUCGUCGCCUGCCUGUGGUCAGGCAUUCCUCACUCCCACCAGGCAGAAGGUCAAUAAAAAUGGAGGCCAGCUCUUCUGGAAUCGCUAAUGGAAAAAACAAAGUUUUCCACGCAGAAGGUGGAGUGGAUUUACAAGGCCACCAGCUGGAUAUGCAAAUCCUGCCCGACGGCCCAAAGAGUGACGUGGACUUUUCAGAGAUUCUUAAUGCAAUACAAGAAAUGGCCAAGGAUGUCAAUAUUCUUUUUGAUGAAUUAGAGGCUGUCAACAGCCCUUGCAAAGAUGACGAUUCCCUCCUUCACCCUGGAAACCUGACCAGUACUUCAGAGGAUGCCAGCAGACUAGAGGCAGGGGGAGAGACAGUGCGAGAACGAAGCAAAGCCAAUGGACUUUACUUUAGAGACGGCAGGUGUCGAAUUGACUACAUUCUUGUGUACAGAAAAUCCAACCCUCAGACUGAAAAAAGAGAAGUAUUUGAGAGAAAUAUUAGAGCAGAAGGACUGCAGAUGGAGAAAGAGUCCUCUCUAAUAAAUAGUGACAUUAUCUUUGUGAAGUUGCAUGCCCCAUGGGAAGUCCUUGGAAGAUAUGCAGAGCAAAUGAAUGUAAGGAUGCCUUUCAGGAGAAAAAUCUAUUACCUGCCCCGCCGGUACAAGUUCAUGAGCAGGAUCGAUAAACAAAUAAGCAGGUUUCGGAGAUGGUUACCUAAGAAGCCAAUGAGGCUGGACAAGGAGACACUGCCAGACCUGGAGGAGAAUGACUGCUACACUGCCCCUUUCAGCCAGCAAAGGAUCCAUCACUUCAUCAUACACAACAAAGACACUUUCUUCAACAAUGCCACCAGAAGCAGAAUCGUGCAUCAUAUUUUACAGAGAAUAAAGUAUGAAGAGGGAAAGAACAAAAUCGGUCUGAACCGCUUGCUUACCAAUGGCUCCUAUGAAGCUGCCUUUCCCCUGCAUGAGGGAAGUUACAGAAGUAAAAACUCCAUUAAAACCCACGGAGCAGUGAACCACCGACAUCUCCUCUAUGAGUGCUGGGCUUCCUGGGGUGUGUGGUAUAAAUACCAGCCUUUGGAUCUUGUAAGGCGGUAUUUUGGAGAGAAGAUUGGACUGUAUUUUGCCUGGCUGGGCUGGUACACAGGCAUGCUCUUCCCCGCGGCCUUCAUUGGUUUGUUUGUCUUCUUGUAUGGCGUCACCACUCUGGAUCACUGCCAAGUCAGUAAAGAAGUCUGCCAAGCGACAGAUAUCAUCAUGUGUCCUGUAUGCGACAAAUACUGUCCAUUCAUGAGGCUGUCGGACAGCUGCGUUUAUGCCAAGGUGACCCACCUUUUUGACAAUGGAGCUACUGUGUUCUUUGCUGUGUUCAUGGCCGUCUGGGCCACCGUUUUCCUGGAAUUUUGGAAAAGACGCCGAGCAGUGAUUGCUUACGACUGGGAUCUGAUAGACUGGGAGGAGGAGGAGGAAGAAAUACGCCCCCAGUUUGAAGCGAAGUAUUCCAAGAAAGAGCGGAUGAAUCCCAUUUCGGGCAAGCCAGAACCUUAUCAAGCAUUUACUGACAAAUGCAGCAGACUUAUCGUUUCUGCAUCAGGAAUAUUCUUCAUGAUCUGCGUGGUGAUCGCUGCCGUGUUCGGGAUCGUCAUUUACCGGGUGGUGACUGUCAGCACUUUCGCUGCCUUUAAGUGGGCAUUAAUCAGGAAUAACUCUCAGGUUGCAACCACAGGGACUGCAGUCUGCAUCAACUUUUGUAUCAUAAUGCUACUGAACGUGCUCUAUGAAAAAGUCGCGCUCCUUCUGACCAAUCUAGAACAGCCUCGCACAGAGUCCGAGUGGGAGAACAGCUUUACCCUGAAAAUGUUUCUUUUUCAGUUUGUCAAUCUGAACAGCUCCACGUUUUACAUCGCAUUCUUCCUCGGAAGAUUUACAGGACACCCAGGUGCCUACUUGAGACUGAUAAACAGGUGGAGGCUAGAAGAGUGCCACCCCAGUGGAUGCCUUAUUGAUCUCUGUAUGCAAAUGGGUAUUAUAAUGGUGCUAAAGCAGACCUGGAAUAAUUUCAUGGAACUAGGCUACCCGUUAAUUCAGAAUUGGUGGACUAGAAGAAAAGUUCGACAAGAACAUGGCACUGAAAGGAAAAUAAAUUUCCCACAAUGGGAAAAGGAUUACAAUCUUCAGCCAAUGAAUGCCUAUGGACUCUUCGAUGAAUACCUGGAAAUGAUCCUUCAGUUCGGAUUCACAACCAUCUUUGUAGCAGCUUUUCCUCUUGCACCACUUCUGGCCUUACUGAAUAACAUCAUCGAAAUCCGACUUGAUGCUUACAAGUUCGUUACACAGUGGAGAAGGCCCUUGGCUUCCAGGGCCAAAGACAUAGGAAUUUGGUAUGGAAUUCUGGAAGGCAUCGGAAUUCUCUCUGUUAUUACGAAUGCAUUUGUCAUAGCAAUAACAUCUGACUUUAUCCCUCGCUUGGUGUAUGCUUAUAAAUAUGGACCUUGUGCGGGCCAAGGAGAAGCCGGGCAAAAGUGUAUGGUUGGCUAUGUAAAUGCCAGCUUGUCUGUGUUCCGAAUUUCUGACUUUGAAAACCGGUCGGAGCCAGAGUCUGAUGGCAGUGAGUUCUCGGGAACUCCUCUGAAGUACUGCAGAUAUCGGGAUUACCGGGACCCUCCUCAUUCACUGGCACCUUAUGGCUACACACUGCAGUUCUGGCAUGUCCUAGCAGCCCGGCUGGCUUUUAUCAUUGUGUUUGAGCACCUGGUGUUUUGUAUAAAGCACCUCAUUUCCUAUCUGAUACCAGACCUCCCGAAAGAUCUCAGGGACCGAAUGAGGAGAGAGAAGUACCUGAUCCAGGAGAUGAUGUAUGAGGCCGAGCUGGAGCGCCUCCAGAAAGAACGGAAGGAGAGGAAGAAAAAUGGAAAAGCACACCACAAUGAGUGGCCAUGACCAGGUGACCGUUGAUUUCCAGGCAGACGACCUGAAUUUUGUUUACUUCUCCGAGCAGUGCAAAAGCACAUUCAAGUGAAUGAUUAGCGAUGCACCCGCAGUGCAUGCUGCAAGACCCCGCCAUGCAGCCGCAGACAGGGCGGCAGUCAGGGGAGGACAGAGGUGGAGUCCCGCUGCCGUGAAACUAUGCUGCAGUCCGGCACACAAUUGCUCUCUAUCCAUAGACCACUCUUGACCAAGCAAGCAUGCACGUUAUGGGCAGUUAACAUUCUCAAGUUUUUAAAAACCAAGGGGGAACUUGUAUACUGGGCCUGUUUUUCAGCCUGUUUGCUACCUUUUUUGCAUUCUACCCCAUGUGAAUUUUACAGACACUGGGCUAAAAAAAAAAGGAUAUUUGGACACCUGGACACAUUCCUAGAAUGUCAUCAUGUCCUAACUCUACGUCACCAAAUGACACAGACAAGACCCUGUUUACAACUUUUUCUUUCCUUUUUUUUAAGUUCAGAUCUUUCUGAGGAGAUGAUUCUAUAUGACAUAUCUAUAGCUACAUGUAUGGCCAUAGAUGUAUUUCUGUGUGUACAUAUGUAUAGUCAUGUAUUCCUACAUAUGUACAUACAAAUGCAGAGGUAUAUAAAGUACAUAGGAAUUCCUUACUUGUAAAUAGCCAAAAAUACUGACAUGAAUGAUGAAUUUUCACAUUUAAACAGUCACCAACAUGAAGCCAUGUUUAAUGCUUGUAUAAUGUGAUACAAUAAAAUUUAAAAUAAAUUUAUGCACAUGGAAUAUUUUCA